AUGCACGCUGGGCUCCUGCCAAAUCGCGGCGUCGAGGAGCCGCUCGCUGCGAACGAAUCCCGCUCACGCGCCGAGACGACUCCUGGCACCGACGAGCACGUCAACGAGACCUGUGUACGCAACGCCGACACGACCCUCGGCGUCACCGAGUCGCUCGCAGCGACUGCAGCGCUCCGAUCACGCACUGCCGGCUCGACACUCGAAUUGUUGAGCCCUGCUAAGGCUUGCAGUCUGACGGCUGAGCUGCACCUCUGCAACACGUUCGGAUGUAUCUUGGCAAAUAACCACCCUGGCCUUCAUUUGUGUCCGGAGCCGGGGAAGCGCGGCCGCGAUGCCGCGCCGUCGCUGCCCGCACCGAAGAGGAGGCCGCCCGAGCCCUGUUCAACCCCGACCGACGGCUCCUCCGAGGAGGAGCGGCACCGACUCUCGGGCGUCCCGCCCCCCGAGCACCGACUCUCGGGCGAGUCCAGUUCCGACUCUGAGUACGACCUCAUCCCGCUGUCUCAGCGGCUCGCCUUCCGGCGCGGCGAGCAGCUAGCGAGCGCCGUCGCCACCAAGGGCGUCAGCGUGCACGAGCGCGGCGCCGGCUGGCAGCCGCAUGGCGGCGGCGUCGAGGCACCCGCGGCCGAGGCAGCGGCGGGCGCGGAGCUGGCAUGGCUACAGGCGGGCAGGAAUCUUCUCGACUUCGGCGGCAAGGUGUGGGAGGCGGUGGGAGAGACAGGUGAGGCGGCAACGGAGGCAACGGAGGCAGCAGACAUGCAGACGGAAGCCUCGGCUGGAGCCGGCGCCUCGUCUGCCGUGCAGGCUGACGCCGCCGCCGACGGCGCUUCUGCUGGCGCCUCCUCCUCCUCCUCUGCCGUCCCGAUCGACGCCGCCGCUGACGGCGCGGCUGGGAGCGCCGCUUUUACCGACGCCGACGCGUCAUCCGCACGUCCAGCCUGGCGACACGAGCCGGUCUGCUGCACGUGCGGCCGCGACGACGGCGACGAGUCGCUGCUGCUCUGCGACGGCCUCAAGUGCAGCGUGGCGCAGCACACCUUCUGCUGCAGCCCGCCGCUCGCCUCUGUGCCCUCUGGCAAAUGGCUUUGCGACGCUUGCCAGCUGAAGCGCAUGCCGUCGUUCCGCGAGCAGCUGGCGCAGGCACUCGAGGCGUCGAGAGCUGAGGAGCCGGAGCUUGCCCUCGAGGACUACGGCCGGCGCGUCCCGCUGGACCAGCGGCCGCCCAAGCCGCCUCGAGACCCGCCGGCGUGGUCGCAAGAUGCCGACGGCGUCCGCACCCUGCGGCUGGCGCAGCAGGCGCCCAGGCUCGACUUUGUCCGCGCGGUGCAGAGGGGCACCAUCGUCGACGGCUAUGGCAACCGCGUCGCGGGCACCGUGUACGACGAGGCGACGGAUCAGCCGAUUGAGAGCUCCGCGCUGAACGCGCACCCCGACCCGCGCGCGGUGAGCUCGGAUGGGUGCAAGGCUGCGCGCGUGCUCACCGAAGAGAACGUGGAGGAGGACCUCGAGGCGCCGUUCAUCUCGCCUCCCGCCGCCGGCGAGGAGGCGGCGUGGAAGGUCUUUGCCGCUGGCGGUGCGCUCAUGUGCAAGAUCUGUUUUCUUCCUGCCCAUGAUGGCGCGGUCAAGGCUGCUGCCGACCAGGCGGUGCUGGGGGUGGCCGAUGCGCUCGAGAAGGGCUCCUUCCAGCCCGACCAGAAGACGGGCGGGGGGUAUGUCGUGGCUGGCAACGGGUGCAUGCAGAGCUCGGUCAACGUGACCCGCAGGCUCCGACGCACGCGUGCCGACGGCACGGAGGGCGCGUCGGUCGUCGUCCCGUACACGCGCCUCGACACCUUCAGGCCUGGCGUUCGGGACGCGGUGCAAGGCGCGGCGCCGCUGAUGGGCCGCGUAGCCGAGCACAUCGGCAAGGUCUUCCCCGAGACGACGCGCGAGAUGGCGUCCGCGGCUCGCUUCCACCCCGUCGUGAAGGACCUAUUCAUGCGUCCCUCGCCCGCGUCACAGCGGGAGCGGGACGUGCUGCAGCUGUGCGCGCUUCACCUCGACUUCGACGACGCGCACCGGCUGCACGGUUGCCCGCUCAUCUACGCCCUUCACCUAGAGGAGGGCGUCGAGCUGCCGCAGGGGCAGGAGGCGCGGCCGAUGCCCCACUCCGACCUGAUCGUAUUCGAGCGCGGCGACGGCGGGCGCUGCGUGCGCGUGCAGACCGCCUGCCCGCAUCAUGUGUGCGUGGUCAUCUUCUGCAGCGACGAGCACCUCCACGGCAACGUCUUCCCCGACUCGCUCGAGCCGUCGGCCCAGCGCAUGUCAGUCGCGCUGCAGCUCGCGGCGGCGGAAGAGAUUGCGACCGAGCUCAGGCUCGCCGCGGCGUCGGAGGACGCCGCCGUCGCCUAG